GGAAGUCGUCCUCCCCCCUCUCCCAAACGGAAAGUAGUGUGCGACGGUAGCGUGUCUGUGUGGCUCCUGUCUAGCCGGUGAAUACGGUGGAAAAAUGGCGGAUACGUUGACACUUUUUACUUCCAUCGGGCUCAGUGAGCAGAAGGCGAAAGAGACGCUGAAAAAUGAAGCGCUGAGUGCCUCUCUGAAGGACGCCAUUGUGCAGGCCCAGCGUGUCUGUGGAGCAUCAGGAGUGGACAAAGCCACAGGGACACUGCUGUACAGUAUGGCAUCUCGCCUUAAAGACACCAGGCGCCUGACAUUCCUGUCAGACAGUAUAGCUCAGGGCAAAAUCUCUACAGAGCUACAGCUGGCAGCUGCUCUCGACUUUAUAAAGAGUCACCCUCAGGACCCCAUCAACCAGAAGGAGUACGAAGAAGCAUGUGGUGUUGGUGUGGUUGUAACACCGGAGCAGAUCGAAGAAGCUGUGGAGGCUGUGGUCAAGAAGCACAAGGAGCAGCUGGUAAAGGAGAGGUACCACUUCAACAUGGGACUGCUAAUGGGAGAGGCCCGCUCUGCCCUGAAAUGGGCCGAUGGAAAGGUCAUCAAAAAUGAAGUGGACCUGCAGGUCCUCCAGCUCUUAGGAAAGAAGACAGAGGCUGACCUGGAAAAGAAACCUAAGAAAGUAAAAGUUGCGGAGAAUGAAACAAAGGUGAAGAAAGAGGAGGCUGCAGUGAACGGGGACGUGAUGGCUGGGGAGGGGAAGUCACUAAUGGAGCAGCUCAGAGGAGAAUCACUGAAGUUCCAUAAACCAGGAGAAAACUAUAAAACUGAGGGCUAUGUGGUCACGCCUAAAACAAUGGAACUGCUGAAAAAGCACCUGGAGAUCACUGGUGGACAGAUUCGUACUCGAUUUCCUCCUGAGCCCAACGGUAUCCUCCACAUUGGACAUGCCAAAGCUAUCAACUUCAAUUUUGGUUAUGCAAAGGCAAACAACGGAAUUUGUUUCUUGAGAUAUGACGACACAAACCCAGAAAAGGAGGAGGAAAAAUACUUCACGGCUAUCAAGGACAUGGUGGAGUGGCUUGGCUACAAACCUUACGCUGUCACGCAUGCAUCAGACAACUUCCAGCAGCUCUACGAGCUCGCUGUGGAUCUUAUUCGCAGGGGUCACGCGUAUGUGUGCCACCAGAAAGGGGAGGAACUGAAGGGCCAUAACGCUCCUCCGUCGCCCUGGAGAGACCGACCCAUGGAGGAGUCGCUGGUGUUGUUCGAGAGGAUGAAGAAGGGCCUGUUCUCUGAGGGAGAGGCUACGCUCCGGAUGAAGAUGGUGAUGGAGGACGGGAAGAUGGAUCCUGUGGCGUACCGAAUCAAAUACACGGCGCAUCAUCGGACAGGAGAUGAAUGGUGCAUCUACCCCACGUAUGACUACACCCACUGUUUGUGUGACUCGAUUGAAAAUAUCACACACUCACUCUGUACCAAAGAGUUCCAGGCCAGGCGUUCAUCAUAUUUCUGGCUGUGUAACGCUCUGGAUGUGUACUGCCCUGUCCAGUGGGAAUACGGUCGCCUAAACCUCACCUACACAGUUGUGUCCAAGAGGAAAAUCAUUAAGCUGGUAGAGACCGGCGUUGUCAGAGACUGGGAUGAUCCCAGACUCUUCACUCUGACUGCACUGAGGAGAAGAGGUUUCCCACCAGAGGCAAUUAACAACUUCUGUGCACGGGUGGGAGUCACAGUUUCCCAGACAACGACGGAGCCCCACCUCCUUGAGGCCUGUGUGCGGGACGUCCUGAACGAGUCGGCACCCAGAGCCAUGGCUGUGCUGGAGCCGCUCAAAGUCACCAUCACUAACCUUCCCGAAAACUCAAAGACGGAUGUACGAGUGCCAGACUUUCCUGCCAACGAGUCCAAAGGCAGCCAUGUGGUUCCAUUUACACGCACCGUCUUCAUCGAGCAGAGCGACUUCAGAGAGGUGAUGGAGAAGGGCUACAAGCGUCUGACGCCGGAACAGCCUGUAGGUCUGAGGCAUGCUGGGUACGUCAUCUCUGUCCGGAAGGUCAUCAAGGACGCUCAGGGUAAAGUGGUGGAACUGGAGGUGACCUGCAGCAGCUCUGAGACCACAGAGAAACCAAAGGCCUUCAUCCACUGGGUCAGCCAGCCACUCGUGUGCGAAGUGCGCCUUUAUGAAAGACUGUUCCUGCACAAAAAUCCAGAGGACACAUCUGAAGUGCCCAAUGGCUUCCUGAGUGACAUCAAUCCUGAUUCCCUGCAGACGAUCAGCAAUGCCUUAGUGGAUGUCUCAGUGAAGGGAGCAAAGGUUUUGGAUAAAUUCCAGUUUGAGAGAGUUGGCUACUUCUCCCUGGACCCCGACAGCACUGCAGAUAAGCUCGUCUUCAACAGAACAGUCACCCUCAAAGAAGACCCAGGGAAGAUCUGAUUGACCAAAGUCAAGCCUCACGUCCUGCUUCCUAUGAGCCCACAGAUACAUGUCCAGAUUGUUUGCAUCACUUUAUGUGUAACAUCAGAGACAGCACAGACUUGCUUUGACUGAGACUGACUUAAAUCAGAUACUGUAAUAAUUAAUAAUAGAAAUACCAGAUUCAGAAGAGAAUUGUGGCCGACAGAAUUGCUGCAGUAUCGAUUUGCUCGAUCACUGUCGGGGUGAUUAUUUUUCUAUAUCUGCUGCAAAAAAUAAUUAACCUGCAGUGUUUCCUCUUUGUUGAAUGUAUGCAACUUUGAUCAAUUUGAAAAAGGGGGCUACUGUAUGUUAAUUUAAUAUUGGCUCUAAACUGGUGUUACACUGAGGAGAUGCUCUCAAAUGCCAUACAUGACUUUCUUACAGGUGGCGAGUCACUGCCAAACCACCGUGUGUGUGUUUUUUUUUAAGACUCAGAAGGGUUCAUGUGUGUCUUUUUGACGGAAGAGAAGAAUAAAUAAUAAUUGAAAAAAACUG